AUGGAGCCUUUGAGCAUCCUCACCCUAGUGGGAACCCUGGCCAGUCUCCUAAGCACUGUCAAUGACGCUCUCACUGAGUAUCAGCAAUCAGUAGACAAAAGAAGAAAAGCUUUUUCUACCUUGAAAGAUAUCGAGAGCGAGUGCAUCGCCACUAGUGCAGUUGCUGAGAGCACAAAGAAAAUCGUCGAGCACGACUUUAGUCAAGAGACUGGUGAACAGAACAGACUGAUUGACGUACUUGGGUCCAAUGUCAAAGAACUUGAGCGACUCGUCACAUCCCUUGACGAAAGCAUUAAGCUCAUACUGAGACACAAAAGUUCUAGUAAAAUACGAAACGCGAUCGCGACGAAGGAAGUCUUCCUCAAGAACAAGCUUCAGAAGAUUCGGCAAAAGCGUGGAUUGAUUGGUUUAGUCACACAGGCGUUAAUGUCGGGCGAUAUUCUUGAAAUGAAGAGACUCGUGAAGUCGAGUCUCGGGAAUACUAGAGAGAAAAUGAUUGACGAAAAAGGCCGGGAACUGAUGGAAGAAGUCGCAGGAGAGAAACGAACAGAUAUUAUCCAGCGCUUGCUCAAGGAAGGUGCCGACCCCAACUUCCUAACUAUCGAUUUCCGUCCCCCGGGCCACCCCAAAGCCGUCACUCCACUCUUGUACGCGAUACAAGGCCCUCCUGAGCGUUGUUACGAAGCUGUCGAUGUUCUGCUGAGCUAUGGCGCAAUUCCAAAUUUGGUGGUCGGUGACGAGCCACUCCUCUGGCAAGCCUUCGCGAGUGGUAACAUUGAAAUUGCGACAAUGCUGCUUGACGCCGGGGCGGACGUGCAAUACCCAUGCGUGAAGGGCGGGGGACGCAGCCUACUAGGGACGGCCGUUUUCUCCGAGAGCUUUGCGGAUCGGAAGCUAGAGCUCGUCGAGCUUGCCUUGAUGUAUGGUGCCAACACGGAUACGAAAGCACCAAAUGGCAAUACACCGCUGCAUGAUGCAGUAGAAAUGCGCAAGGGGAUAGAAAUCGUUGAUGUUCUCCUGAGAGCAUAUGCAAAUGUCGACUCUUGUGCUAGGGAUGAUCUGACGCCUCUUAUGAUGGCGGCGCAAAUUGGCGAUCAGGCUGUAACCAAUCUUUUAGUGGAAAAUGGUGCGGCUCCAUGGCUCAGGUCGAAAGACGGACUGACGGCUGCCGAAAUCGCCAGGCGGGAGGGUCAUAUUGCCUUAGCCGCUAAUUUGGAGACUUUCACGGAGUAG